GGCCGAGCCCCGUGGCCGGGGGGGUCUGGCCCGUAAGGAGCGGUCUCUCCGUGAGCGCUGUGCUGGGCUGCGCAUCCACCCUCUGGGCCCCUUUCCAGCUCCCCGUAACCUGCCUUUCCCACCUGGAUUCCAGAUCAAAUCCCAACAGAGCGAAGUAACCAGAAUCCUCGAUGGGAAAAACAUCAAGUACGAGCUGGUGGAUAUCUCCCAAGACAACGCUCUCCGGGAGGAGAUGAGGGCAAAGGCAGGCAACCCCAAAGCUAUCCCACCCCAGAUUGUCAAUGGAGACCACUACUGUGGGGAUUAUGAGCUUUUUGUGGAAGCAGUGGAGCAAAACACUCUGCAGGAGUUCCUGAAGCUGGCCUGAGCCUUGGGCUCCCCUCCCAUCCUGGACUCUACCUGCCUUCCUGAGCACCCUCAUCUCCGACCACCUUCACUUCCAGGUUGUCAGCACUGUCCUGGCACCGCGACCUGUAUCCCAGCACAGGGAAACCCAUGACCAAAACUACUCAUUGCAGCUGCCUACGAUUCCCCCCGCCUAACCCUGAUAAUCAUCUCCGAGGGACCCAAAGAAAGCCUGACGCUCGCUGCGCAUGGCCUUUGAACAAAGCUGGGCCUGGCUCACACCGCAGCUUCCAGUGCCUCCGUAAACAGCAAAGCCUCUGGGGUGUGCGAAGUGCGGCUGGCCGUCGGCCCUUUCCUCUGCAGGGAGAGCUGCUGCUUCGGGAGGGAAGGGCUUAGGGUUGCAUGUUACUUCCCACUUUUCCUAGUUGCUGUUAAAAUUGUAAAUCCUACUGCCUCACUUCCUUUUUUUUUU